AUGCCAUAUCUAAAAACAUCAACAGACAUCAGGCAACCACCAAAUAGAGGGCUCAUGGACGAUUUAACCAUCACUACAGAAACCCAUGUCCAGGCUAGAUGGGUAUUAAAGGCCUUGGAAGAGACAGUUACGUUGGCAAGGAUGUCUUUCAAGCCAAAGAAGUCUAGAGCUCUAAUAAUAAGGAAAGGGAAGAGAGCACACCAAGUCAAACUGAAGGUGCAAGGAGAAGUCAUUCCAUCAAUAAUUGACAAUCCCAUCAAGUGCUUAGGAAAAUGGUAUGAUGACUCUUUAAGUGACAAAAACAAUAUCAAGAGAAUUGAACAACAGGUUUCAGAGGGAAUGAGGAACAUCGACAAGACAGGUUUACCAGGGAAAUUAAAGGCAUGGAUAUACCAACAUGGACUCCUUCCAAGGAUAUCAUGGCCACUUAUGCUGUACGAAAUUACAUUGACAACAGUUGAGAAGCUUGAAAGAACCAUCAACAGACAUCUUAGGAAAUGGGCAGGUGUCCCUCUAAGUUUUACAACUGUAGGACUGUACAGCAGAACCGCAAAGUUGCAGCUACCAUUUACAUCUCUAGUGGAAGAAUUCAAAGUUAGUAAAAGCCGCCUUGUGAUGACACUGAAAGAAUCUAGAGAUGAUAAAGUAAGAACAGCAGGUGUCCAAGUAAGAACAGGACGAAAAUGGUCAGCAUCAAAAGCAGUUUCAGAGGCAGAGAGUAGAUUGAGGCAUAAAGAUAUCGUAGGAACAGUGGCAGUAGGACGACAGGGCCUUGGUACAUCAAAAAGUUGCUACUGGAAGAACGCUAACACCCAAGAAAGACGAAGUCUUGUCCAAAGAGAGAUAAAAUCUAGAGAAGAAGAAAACAGACAAGCAAAGACAGUAGAAUUAGGGAGCCAAAGCGCUUGGUCGAGAUGGGAAUUGGAACAACGAUCCCUAACAUGGUCAGAUAUAUGGCGAUAUCCGCAAUACCAACUGCAGUUCCUUCUGAGAUCAGUGUAUGAUGUGUUACCGACACCUUCAAAUCUGCACAGGUGGAAACUUUCAGAAACACCAGACUGUCCCUUGUGCGGAAACAGAGGAACUCUACAACAUGAUCUUUCAGGGUGCAAUAUCGCUCUUACACAGGGGAGAUAUACAUGGCGACACAACCAAGUACUCCGAUAA